AUUCUCCGCGGUGAAUAGGAACUUUUUGAAACCCAAAAAGGUUCAGCGGUCCUUUCCAAGCGGUCCAUUUCAUUCAGGAGCAUAAAAUGACUGCCUGAAAUAUGAAAUAAACAUGCUUUUUGCUGUCAUAGGCACUUUAAGUAGCUCAUUUGUCAAAACUCUAAAUCAAGGUAUUACUUUCAGCAUUUAAAAAAACAUGCAUACAAAUAUUCAGUGUUGUUUUUCAUUGUGAUGAUGAUUAUGAUGAUGUGCAAUUGUUGGGACUCAUACCUCAAAUCCUCUGAGCAGGUCAGACUAAAAUACCACUGAAGUCAAUGAUAAAUGACAAAAACUCUUGAGUAGUAUUAUUUAAUCAUUUGUUUCUAUGCUGGUCUGUCAAAAUAUGUAUUUAAGAGUAAUCGCCUAGUUGGGGACAAUUGGUGUACAGUGACUAACUGAAUAGUAUCUAGUGGGUAAGGCUGCAACAACUACUGUAAUUUUCGGACUAUAACCAGCUACUUUUUUCCCUCAUUUUGAAUCCUACGGCUUAUUUGUUGAUUUAUUGGGUUAAUAGGUAACACUUCAUUUGACAGCGGCGUCAUAAGACUGUCAUGCGACGUCAUAAUUAUGACAUGACACUAUCAGGGGGAUUAAUGAAUGCAUAUGACAGAUGUCAUCAAGUGUCAUCCGGAAAAUUAUGUCACUAACUCCAUUUAUGUCUAGCUCAGAUCUUGUACAUCCAUUCAAAAGUGAGAUAUUUUGCCAGAUGACACGAAAUGAAAUGGUCUAAUGACAGUCUUAUUGUGCCACCGUCAAAUAAAGUGUUACCAAAUACCAUAACUAGUAAUUAAUGAAACAACUGGAACAGUAACUGAAGAAAUAAUUAGCAAAGCAUACAUUUUGAUUGUUAUUUACAUCUGUAGCGCUGCAAUGCAUGCUAGGAGGCAUGUUGGACGACAGUAGUGUUAAUAGCAGGUGGCAGCAGACGUUGACUUUCUCCCUUAAGAGAGCAGUGAUGGCCAAAUGAAGAUUCAUGGAGCAAUGAAUGGUUUUUCAUUUGGUCUUAUGAGAGUCUUAUGAUGCCGCUGUCAAAUAAAGUCUUACCGGUUAAUAUCUUUUGGUGUAAAUAUCCCAUAAUAUAGUGAGGACAUCUGUGGCUUGUAGUCCAGUGCGGUUUAUCUAUGAACAAAUGCAGUUUUUUUGAAAAAUUCGGUGGGUGGCGGCUUAUAGUCAGGUGCGCCUUAUAAUCCGAAAAAUACGGUAAGCAAAGUUCUUGAGUCUGCAUAAUUUUGUGUUAUCGCACAGUUACAAUGCUUGUUUGCUGGAAAUUCAUUUCCAUAGUCAGUUUUUUUGUCACUUUAAUAAAUGGACCUCCUUUAAUAAAUCUCCAAUAGUGGUUGCCCCUUUAAUAGCCUGAAUUAAUUACCCAAUUUUUAAAAACUUUGAGAGACAUGGUCUCAAAGACAGUACACAAGUAGAAGUCCGUACUUGACAAGAAUUUGCACUGGUGACGGUUGUUCGCAGAAUUCCAGCCUAUGGAAUUUCUGACUGAGUUUAAGAGACUGCUAAUAGGUUUGGCAUGCUAGUGCUGGGCAUUUUUAUCCCUACCUCAAAUAGAAGUGAUAGGAUUAGACCAUGUGUCGAGAUGCAACCUUCAGAACGCCUGGCUUACUAUCCCCAGUUUGUAUUCUCGUUCCAUGAAAAGCAGGGACAAGAUAUUUAUGGCUUGUUGUUUGAACACCUUUAAGUGGAGGCGGGUGGGCGUUUAUUCCCAUGCACUCAAGUUAGAUGGUGAUGCGGAUGGUCCACUCAAACCAGACAGAGUGGUGUGUGUUGUCUUUUUUGUCUGAGACGACUGUGGGUAUAGCUGCAUUCACAACAAAUAGCAACACUGCUAUGGGAGUUCCCAACUCUAGGGAAUGCAACUACUACCACUCUCCAGAUCCACCUGUAAGGAUACUACUGAAAAGACGAAAUGAGCCUCUCAAGAAGGAGCGUCUCAAGUGGAAGAGCGAGUACCCGAUGACCGAGGGCCAGCUCAGGAGUAAACGGGACGAAUUUUGGGACACGGCUCCGGCUUUCGAUGGACGCAAAGAGAUCUGGGAUGCACUCCGAGCAGCAGCCUUGGCUGCUGAGUGCAAUGACCUGGAGCUAGCGCAGGCCAUCGUGGACGGAGCCUGCAUCACUUUACCUCAUGGUUCUCUCACGGAGAGUUACGAUGAGCUAGGAAACCGCUAUCAACUUCCAGCGUACACUUUGGUACCACCCAUCAAUCUAAUCAACGAAACAUGCAGUGAGAACAAAAUUUGUGAACCCACACAAAAGCAAGUGCAGCCUCCUCCCUGCAGGCAAGAGUUCCAGCUGCGUGUGCGACUGUCCUCCGGCGAGGAUGUGCGUCUUACAGCAAGCUUAGCUGACACCAUUGCCGAGCUGAAGAAACAGCUGGAGAAUCAGGAGGCCAUCGACGUGUCCCACCAGAGAUGGUUCUUCUCUGGUAAACUCCUCACAGACAAGACUCGUUUGCAGGAUGCUAAAAUCCAGAAAGACUUUGUUGUCCAAGUCAUUGUCAACAUGAACCCUCCAAUUAUAGCCAACUAAGAAAAUAAUGAAAGAGAAAGGAUAAAAUGGCCAGAACGAAAGAGGGAAUCAGAGCGAGACAGAACAGUUGGUCUUAAAAGUUUAUGCACUGGGAUUUUCUGUCAUUUUUUCUAUAAGAGUAUUGUUUUUAUAAUGUUCCUUUUUGUAUUCGUUUUCCCUCUUUUCCAGAUAAUAGACUCCUAAAAAAAAGCACUGAAAGACUUUGGAGCUGGGGUGGUCAACCAACAGUCAAUAGGACAUAAUGUACACAAAAGCCAAGAGCCUUUCAAACUACAAAUGCUGUUAAUAUAAUGGUAAACAUGGUAAACCCUCCUUUAAAAAUUGCUGACUCUUAGGGUUUUGUCUCAAAGGGAUAUUUUCUCUCCAGAAAGCCAGAACAUAGAAUAGAUAUUUAUGCCCAAUAAUGAAGUUUUUGAACAGACUACUGCAAACAGAAUGCGCAAUUAUUUCCGGUCGAACAAAGCUGGAACCUGCCAUAUCUCCUGUCAGUCAUUUGUCCCAUUGGAGAAGUUGGGCUGUUUGUCUGCAUGGCCCCUCACGAUAGCUGCAUCAGCUCUUGAUGCUCUUGGAAGGCUCUUCUGUCAACAAGAGGUUUCACAAGGGGUGUCAAACUCAUUUUUACCACAGGCCACAUCGUAAUUAUGCUUUUACUUCCAUAUGCAGAGGUGGGUAGAGUAGCCAAAAUUUUACUCAAGUAAGUGUAAAAGUAGCCAUCCAAAAAAUGGACUCAAGUACAAGUAAAAAAAGUACUUGGUGAAAAGAAUACUUUUAAUGAGCAACAUUAAUUGAACAUGAUUUGCAACAUGAUUGCAAUUACAAAUGCUAUAGUAGUAAUAUCUUCAUUUAUUUUGCUUGCACUGAAAAAACACAAAAGAGAAUGGGAAAAAAUAUUAAAUCAUUAUCAUUUUACACAAAACUCCAACAAUGGGCCGGACAAAAGUAUUAGCACCCUUUGAAAAAUCAUGUGAUGCUUCUCUAAUUUGUGUAAUUAACAGCACCUGUUACUUACCUGUGGCACAUAACAGGUAGUGGCAAUAACUAAAUCACACUUGCAGCCAAUUAAAAUGGAUUAAAGUUGACUGAACCUCUGUCCUGUGUCCACAAUGUGUGUACCACAUUGAGCAUGGAGAAAAGAAGUCAUGGGUCUGUCAGCGGGACAAUGACCCAAAACACAUUAGAAAAUGGUUUGAGAGAAAGCACUGGAGAAUUCUAAAGCAAUGAGUCUAGACCUGAAUCCCAUAGAACACUGUGGAGAGAUCUGAAAAUGGCAUCCUUCAACUCUCAGAGACAUUGAGCAGUUGGCCUAAAAAGAAUGGUCUAAACUUCCAGCAGAGCAUUGUAAGAAACACAUUGAUGGACAGCGGAAGGGACUGUUUCGCAGUUAUUUUGUCUAAAAGUUGUGAUACCAAGUAUUAGGCUGAGUGUGCCAAUACUUCUGUCCUGCCCAUUUUUGGAGUUUUGUGUAAAAUUAUAAUGAAAAUGUUUUCCGUUCUUUUUUGUGUUAUUUCAUUUCAAGCAAAAUAAAUGAAGAUAUAACUACGAAAGCAUUUGUAGUUGCAAUCAUUUUCUGGGAGAAAUUGAGCAUUAUCUGACAUUAUUUGGCCAGCACUGUAUCUCAAUAUUGACCACCAUCUACAAUUUUGGUAUUUUAGCUAGGACUAACUAGAAAAAGAAAAUGAUGUGGUUGACUGGAUCUGGCCCGCAGACCUCGAGUUUCACACCAGUGCACUAGAGCUUUUUCCUUUGUUCCUGACCUUGACACAGCUAAAACAACUUGGGUUUAAAUUGACUCAGGAGGAACACCAAUGUUUGCAAAAUGUAUUCAGCACAUUGAGAGAAUAUCAUCAUAAAAAUGUAUGCCUAAGCCGUUGACCCGAUCAUUUUAGGAAGUAUGAAAUGUGAAGCACCCUCUCCUGAAUUUUAAUGUCAAUCUAUAAAUUGGGUCAAAAAUUACCCCAGAGAUAACAGAAGGGUUCAUCAUACAGUACUUUGUUUUCACGAUUUUCGUAUGACCUACAGAUAACAUUAAGAGGACAGGUUUCUCACCUGUUAUAGAUGAAAAGUCCAAUCUCAAAAUUCACAUCCCUGUUUGUUUUGUGAAUUUCACCUCCAUUGGUUACAACCCUUGCGUUUUUGUCUUUUGUCUCAGUGGCAAACUCAUGUUUGCUCAGUGAUCCCAAAAUAGAAAAAUCAAUGCACUAAUUUUUUGUGUGUGUGUGCGUGUAAUUUAAGAGCGUGACAAGGAGGAAAAUGUAAAUAUAUACUUCUACGUGUUGUUUUGACAAAUGACUUUAUUCCAAAUAAAGACCAUAUGCUAUCAUAUGAUUGAUUC